UUGAUUUUAGAAGUAUAUGUUGUCACUGAUGGACCCUCAAAUAAAGAGACUUGGUUGGGAGAGACAGCCUAAUGAAGGACAUUUGGCAAAUUUAAUGCGCCUGAAGAUUCUCAGCUUAGCUGUAGAACUGGGACACAAUGAGACAGUCAGCAGAGCAAUGAAAAUGUUCAAUGACUGGAUGUUGAGAGAUAAACCAAUACGGGCAGAUUACAGGUCCAUAGUGUACAAGGCAGGAGUUAGUAAUGGCAGAGAAAGAGAAUGGGAUUUCUGCUGGAAAAAGUACCUUGCCGAGUCCAAUGAUGCUGAGAAGAAAAAACUUCUUAUAGCUAUGACCUUUACCAAGAAUAUUGAUAAGCUUUCUAGGUAUCUUCAGUAUGCUUUGGACCCAACAAAGAUAAAGAAACAGAGUGCAAUUCAAGUGUUAGCUGGAAUGUCAAGAAAUCAUGCUGCCACUGCUCUUGUAUUGGCUUAUGUGAAACAGAAUUGGGAUAUCAUAUAUGAGAGGUAUGGUGAGGGCUCAUUUGAGAUUGGUCGUUUAAUAGAGAAAACAACCCAGACUCUCCAUACUCAGAGGGACUAUGUCCAGUUGAAAAACUUCUUUAAAGCUAAUGCAGAGAAACUGGGGACUGGUGAAGUUGCAUCAAAGCAAGCACUUGAAAGUAUUCAAGCUAAUAUCUUCUGGAUCAAGAACUGCCAGGAUGCCACUGUUACCUGGCUGCAGAAAAAACUGAGUUGAUUAAAUUGGUUUGUCAUAAUAUUAAUCAGCAGUAAAUAGAUAAUCAUUAAUAAAUAGAUAAUUAGAUAAUAAGGGGAGGAUAACAAACAUAUUAUACUUGGCGGUUUUAUUAGUGGCACCAGAAUGUCCUAAAAGAUUUAGAAUCAUGUGCAAUAAAAUUAUAAACAGAGACAGUCUUUUAGGAAAGAGGAAACUCCAAAAUGCUGGUUCAGAAUAUUUUUAUGGACUGUGUCACAGUGGCUUCACCAGGUAGUAACUGCUCACUAGGGGUUUUGUUAAUUUUGAAUACACAGGCAAAAUGGGCAAAGGAGCCUUGAACAACAGUAAUUUGCUGAAAAUAGUUUUAUGAAACUGGCCUCAUAAAUGUUCUUUUAUUGCUCACCCUACUGAAUGGUUGUUUAAGGACAUUUGAGCAGCACUUAUCUAGUUGGUAAUCGGUAAGAAUUUUAUCAUUACUCUGUGAUUUAAAUGUUAUUUGAUAAGGGGCAGUGUAAAGUUUAUUUGUUGAUAUAAUAUGUGAAGGUGUGAUGCUAUAGAAUACAGAUAUAUUUUGGAUAGUUUUAAUCAAUGAACUAUCCCAUUAAACUUUAGAAUAUGGAGGUCAGGUAGGGUGUAGGGAUUUCUACAGCAAAGGCCAUCAUAUUUAUUUAUUUAUUUUAAGCAUUAACACUUUAACUUUAAAAUAAGAUUUCAAAUGCUGAAAUCAUUCCACUGGUGAGUAAUUUUUUAACAUCUUAUUUUUUUAUUGAUAUUUUAUUAAAAAUGGAUAGACUUUUCUCUGAACAUUAUAGAUCUGCUACUGAAAGUUUCAUAUAUAUUUUUCAUCAUAAAAAGUGGUACUUUAAAAUUGCAAAAAAUGUAUUGUCUUUAUAUAGAAUCCGUGCAUGGCAUUUAUUUGAUGGACUAAAAGUUAAAUUCAUAGCUGUUAAGAACAUCUGUGUCAUAUUCUUAAAGUAAAUAUGAAAAAAAA